GUGAAAUCUGCGUGGUAACUGAAAGCCAGUCGCGACGUCCGCGCCUGCCGACCUCGUCCUGCCAGUGGGUGUCGAUUUCCAGCGGUUUCUAGCUUUCUGAGUGGUUGCGAUAUGGAGCAGAAUUUGGGGGACGAUCGGUCGCGGUUCCACGUGUCCAAGAUUGACACGCCGCAGCCGAAACCCAACUCUUCGCCUUUUUUCUGCGACGAUGACGGGGAUAACAGUGGAGGCGGAGGAAUGUCCGCUCUGCAAGUCCCAGAGAGCUACAAUUACGAGGGGACGUUUUUGGCGUCAUUGCAUGCGAUGACAAGAGAGGCGUUCCCAAGGGAGAUGAACUACCGAAAUAUUUAUUCUAUCGCGAAAGCUGGGGCAGCAGGGAGACCUACCUUACCCGAAUUGUUACACGAAGACGGCGAAAGAAAAGAGGAUGCCGAAGUUGCGCAGGAAUCAAAGAAGGGAAUAGUGAAACUUGGCUGGAUUCUCGGGGUUUUCCUACCAUGUCUCCUGAACAUCUGGGGUGUCAUGCUUUUUUUACGUCUGACAUGGGUCAUGGGACAAGGCGGCGUUUUUGUGGGAGUCGCGUUGUUGACACUGUGCAAUUUGGUCACGACGAUAACCGCUCUAUCGGUAUCUGCUGUCAGCACGAACGGACAAAUCAAAGGAGGUGGGAUUUACUACAUGAUUUCCCGGAGCCUGGGUGCGGAAUUCGGAGGGGCCAUCGGACUGAUGUUCUGGGCAGCCAACUGCAUAGCCUGCGCCAUGCACACCAUAGGGUUCUGCGAAGCCGUUCAGGAGAUGAUGCGCGCGGAUUUCAAAACGUGGAUCGUCGAUGACGCCAAAAAUGAUAUUCGCAUCAUCGGAGUCAUCGCUUUGAUUUUCUGCCUCCUCGUCUGCAUUGUGGGAAUGCAGUGGGUCGCGAGGAUUCAAGUCGUUCUGCUCGUCAUGCUGCUCGCUGCUCAAGUCGCUUUCAUUGUAGGUGCUGCCAUCGGUCCUUAUACUGAUGAACAACGCGCUCAAGGAUUCUUGGGAUUCGAUUGGGAGGUGUUCAAGUCGAAUUUUGCGCCGAAAUUCAGUGUGACAGACGGAGAGCAGCAUUCGUUCUUCUCUGUGUUCGCUGUGUACUUCCCUGCUGUGACUGGUAUUGUUGCCGGAGCGAAUCUCUCGGGAGACUUAAAGGAUCCCAGCUACGCGAUUCCCCUCGGAACGCUGGCCGCAAUUGUGGGAACGUUUUUCAGUUACAUCUUACUGGGUCUCAUCAGCACAGGCGCCGUGAUGAGAACGGCCUCUGGAAAUGUCACUGAGCUUUACUUGAUGGGAGUAACAGACAAUAGCACGACUCCUACGCCGUUUCUUUUGAACGCCUUGGAUCCGCCGACUGCGAGCGACUUUAUUUUGAGCCAGGCUUUUCAGUGCGAUGAUCGCGACUGCAAAUACGGACUGCUUUACAAUUACCAGACGAUGACAAUGAUUUCCUCGUGGGGUCCCAUGAUUUACAUCGGUUGUUUCGCUGCUAGUUUGUCCUCCGCGAUUGCCACCUUGUGCAGUGGGCCUCGAAUCUUGAUGGCAAUGGCUCAAGACAAACUGUAUCCGGGUCUUGGGCCUUUUGCUGUAGGCUGGGGCCCUAACCAGGACCCCAUCAGGGGCUACAUGAUAUGCUUCUUGGUUGCCGUGGGUUUCCUGCUCAUAGCGGAAUUGAACGCCGUGGGAACUUUGACGUCCAACUUCUACCUGGCAGCUUACUCCUUGAUUAACUUCUGCGUAUUUCACGCCGAACUCAUGAAAUCCCCCGGUUGGAGGCCUGGGUUCAAAUAUUACACGGCGUGGUUGAGCCUGAUAGGAACGGUCUUGUGCAUCGCUGCCAUGUUCCUGAUCAACUGGAUCACGGCUCUCAUAACCUAUGGCCUGAUCAUAAUUUUCUACCUGUUCGUGUGGUACCGGAAGCCAGAUGCGAAUUGGGGCUCUAGCAUGCAAGCAGCUGCGUAUUCGGGUGCACUGAAAUCAUCUCACGAUCUAUGGAAUAUUGAGGAGCACGUGAAGAACUUCCGUCCUCAGAUCCUGUGUAUGUCUGGAUUUCCUGGCGUACGACCGCCCUUGGUGGACUUCGCAAACCUCAUUACAAAGCAAAUGUCUCUGCUCGUGUGUGGCAACGUGAUUCCGGAAGGCACUGCACUCAGUGCCAGAACGAACUUGGUGCGUCAAUCACGUGCCUGGCUGAACAAGCACAAAAUACGCUCCUUCUAUCAACACGUUGAGGACGACAGCUUCGAGCAUGGCGCGAAAGUGCUGAUCCAACUCGCUGGCCUCGGAAAUCUGCGCCCGAACAUGAUGCUGUUGGGAUACAAAUCCGACUGGCGAGAAGCUCCGAAAAACGACGUCAUUGCUUACGUCAAUGUUGUCCAUUCCGCAUUCGAGCAUUUCAUGGCUGUCGGAAUUUUGCGAGUGAAAGGCGGGCUGGAUUAUUCUUCGGUGCUGGAAACGAUUCUACACAUGGAGAACGAAACGGAGGAAGUAGACAGCCAUUCUUUCAACGACGAUCACGGCGAAUUUAACGAUCUCGGUGCGGAAAAGAAGGAGCCGAAAAGGAAGAAGAGUGCCAAUAAGAAGGUAUCCGUGGCUGAACCCCGUGGAUACGAAGGUGUCAAUUUGCCAAUGACGGUUUUGUCCAACGUCACGCGGUUCCAGCAGAAGCAUCCCAAAGGCUUCAUCGACGUCUACUGGCUUUAUGACGACGGAGGGUUGACCAUCCUGCUGCCUUACAUCAUCCAACGCAGACAGGCUUUCAGAAACUGCAAGCUGAGGAUUUUCACGCUGCUCUCCAAAUCAGGGGGACUGGAGGAGCAGCAACGCAACAUGGCGAAGCUCCUAUCUAAGUUCCGUAUCGACUUCGCUGACCUGAUCGUGAUUCCGGAUUUGCAAAAGAAAGCUCAGCCGAGCAGCAAACAGUUGUUCCAGGACCUCAUCGAGCCCUGCAGGAAAAAGGGUCAGAACACGGGGCGAGAAGAUGCGUACAUCACUGAUGAGGAGCUCGAGAUUUUCCGCGAGCGUAACAAUCGACACAUGCGACUGCGGGAACUGCUGCUAGAACAUUCUGCAACGUCUACUAUGAUCAUCAUGUAA